UAGUCCACGCCGGUCACGUGGACUGUAUGCCUGUAUGUGACGCGGUAGUCGAAAUCUGCGUUUUUGUCAAACUCUGCAUUGCAAAAUGCACGAAGAAUCGUACGUAGAAAGAAACUGGACGGACUCCGAGACGAAAGCGUUGUUGAGCAUCCGAGCAACCGAAGAUAUUAGUCAGCAAAUCAGCGGAACCGUUCGUGAUUCCCUUAUUUACGGCGAAAUCGCGAGGCUCCUCCGGGCGCAGGGGAUACAGAGGAGUCAGCGGCAGGUCACCACAAAACUGAAAACACUAAAGAAGAAAUUUAUGAAAAUCCACGAGCAUCAUAAAAACAGCGGCCUCAGCAAAGUUUACUGGAGUUACUAUGAUCUUUGCAAGUCCAUAUGGGGUACCAGACGCCCCGUGAAACCGUCAGUGCCUCAUACUAACGUAAAACUGGAAGAACCUCAAAGUACAUGCGUCGAGGAUACCAGAUCCACUGUCAUUGAGGUAUCGAUCAUAAAUGACGAGGGGACGCAUGUCACGCCUCAAGGUUCCUACCUGGAAUAUUUACAAAAUUCUCCAGCUUAUCUUCCCUUGGAAAGUCUCAAGAAAGUUUCCCGAAAUUUUCCAGAAUUAGUUACUCAACCUCCAUGCAAAAAGGCCAAAACUGACCACAUUCCUGAAUCCAUACGGGACGAAGCAGCUCUUCAUGUCUCAGAUGAUAGAGAGUAUGAGGAAAGGUUGCGUAAAGAAGCCAAGGAGGAACAGAAGGAAGAAAGGGCAAAUCUGAUGACUAUGUGGAAAGAAAUGAUGGAGUUCCAGGGGAACCUAUUAAAGGAAUUUAUACACCACCCGUCCGUGCCUACACCCGUGCCUUGCCACAAACGUGCUCAUUACAACCAAAGUUCCUCUUCAUUUCCAAGCACCAGCACAAACUACAUGGCACCAUAUGACUCACCUGGAAUGGAAACUGAAAACGAAAGUGCGAUUUCGCAGGAGGAAGCGGAGGAGAAAUACGUUCCAUCUGAGAUUCCUGUCGUCUUGGACACUCCACCUGUGAACUGUGCCAAUGACAGCCAAUCGAAUGUCACAUUUGCUCCUUCACCUCCACCCUCACAAUCGACAGAAAAGGCAGAUCUCAAGAUGUCAGUGUUACGCAGACAAGAGAAAGUCUUAAAGCUACAGGAAGAAUAUUAUUCGCUGAAAAUCAAAUACCUGAAAGAUAAGAUGGCCAGAGAUCAGGAACAGAAUAAUAAAGGAGAACUCUUUUGUUGAGAUGUCAUUUCUAUGAAAAGUUUGCAAAUGCAACAGUACUGUGACUUUAUACUUAAGCCUAUCUGGUAUUGCAUAUUUUGGCCAGUAGAUGGCAGAAUGGUUCAUAUUUUACUGAUCCUGGUCACAAAGUCAACAAAACUUCACAAUUGAGAAAAACCCCUGGCUGUACAUUCUUUAACCACAUUAAUAUUUGUGUAUAUUUAUGCACUGGAGACUCCAAAGCAAUGCUUUUGCUAGUUUUAUGACAAAGUCUGCAAUUAUCACUUUGAAGUCGACAUGUAAUCCACAUAUUUACAUUAUUUACUAACCUUUAAUGUACUACUUUGUUAAUAAAUGUAUUAUUUCUUAAAACAUGAUUUAUCAGUGUGU